GAAAGUAAACAACAGUUCCCAAAGCUUUUUCCAUUCUCCACCACCACCUCCUCCUCCUCCGCUUCCUCCCUUCACUCCUCCUCGUCCUCCUCCCUCAUUCACGCUCACGCAACAGUGCCUUCUCUACUCAUGGUGUUUGCCUAACCUUCCCUUCUCGAAGUCGCUUACCUUGCUCGGCGACCAUGGCCUCCAUCACCUCCGUCGAGCUCAACUAUCUCGUGUUUCGCUACCUUCAGGAAUCAGGUUUCACACAUUCUGCUUUUGUGUUUGGGAAUGAGGGUGGUAUCAACAAAUGCCCCAUUGAUGGAAAUUUGGUACCACCAGGUGCUCUUGUUACAUUUGUUCAAAGGGGGCUGCAGUACUUGGAAAUGGAAGCCAACAUGAGUAAUUGUGAUGCAGACCUGGAUGAAGAUUUUUCAUUCUUACAGCCUUUGGAUCUUAUCACAAAAGAUGUUAAUGAACUUAAGAAAGUGAUAAAUGAAAGAAGGAAAAAACUACAGAAGGAUAGAAAUAAGGAAUCUGAAAAGGGCACUGAAGGUGACCAUGGGCGAGUAAGAGAAAAGGAAAGACAGGAAAGGGAGAAAGAAUGUGAAAAAGAUAAAGAGAAGGUAGAGAAUCUUAAAGAGCCAGAGCAACACCAUGAAAAUCAAACCAGUGGAGAAAUGGUCACAGCUCAAGAAGAUAAGCUCAAUGUAAAGCAUGAAGAGAACGGAGCAUUAGGAGGACCAGAGCCUAUGGAGAUCUGUACGACAUCAAUAACUCUGCCAUUGGAAAUUCCUAUGUCCGAUGUGACAGUUUUGGAAGGGCAUACUUCAGAGGUCUGCGCUUGUGCAUGGAGUCCUACUGGAUCUCUUCUUGCAUCAGGGUCUGGAGAUUCGACAGCUCGUAUUUGGACAAUAGCAGGGGGGAGAAGUAAACCUGGUUCCCAGGAUGACCCUUUGAAUGCGUUGGUGUUGAAGCAUGUUAAGGGUAAAACAAAUGAGAAGAGUAAAGAUGUGACUACACUUGAUUGGAAUGGGGAGGGGACGUUACUUGCAACUGGCUCUUAUGAUGGUCAAGCAAGAAUUUGGACCACUGACGGUGAACUGAAGAGUACAUUAAGCAAACACAAAGGACCCAUAUUUUCUUUGAAAUGGAAUAAGAAAGGCGAUUAUCUUCUUACUGGAAGUUGUGAUGAAACUGCUAUUGUGUGGGAUGUGAAAGCAGAGGAAUGGAAACAACAAUUUGAAUUUCAUUCUGGCCCAACACUUGAUGUGGACUGGCGCAAUAACGUGUCAUUUGCAACAAGCUCCACUGACACAAUGAUACAUGUUUGCAAGAUUGGUGAUAACCGCCCUAUAAAAACUUUUGCUGGGCACCAGAGUGAAGUUAAUUGUAUCAAAUGGGAUCCUACAGGUUCUUUACUGGCCUCAUGUUCUGAUGACACCACUGCGAAGAUAUGGAGUAUGAAGCAAGAUAAGUUUAUUCAUGAUUUUAGGGAGCAUACCAAGGAGAUAUAUACUAUCAGAUGGAGCCCGACUGGUCCUGGUACUAGUAAUCCUAAUAAAAAAUUGGUCUUGGCUAGUGCAUCAUUUGACUCUACUGUAAAGUUAUGGGAUGUGGAAGUCGGGAAACUAAUCUACAGCUUGAAUGGACAUAGGGAUGGUGUAUAUUCUGUUGCAUUCAGUCCCAAUGGUGAGUAUUUAGCAAGUGGCUCUCCUGAUAAAUCCAUUCAUAUAUGGUCGUUGAAGGAAGGCAAGAUCGUGAAAACAUACACUGGCAGCGGUGGCAUUUUUGAGGUCUGUUGGAAUAAGGAGGGUGACAAGAUCGCUGCCUGUUUUGCCAAUAAUACAGUUUGUGUUCUGGAUUUCAGAAUGUAAAGUUCCUUGAGAAGAAGCACCAAGUUGUUUUGGCUAGUUACUUAAAUUAUUAAUCUUCCCUCUAGAUGAAGAUCUGUGGAAGUGUAUUUUCUGUGGGUAGGUUUCUUUAUUAACUUGAUUUGUUGUAGUUGUGACUCAGGGCUCAUGGAUCCUGACGUAAUUCUACAUAAUCUGUAGAAAGAAGUAGCCAGUCGGAGUAUACAUUCUUAAUUUAUAUUUAUAUAGAUUUAGUUGGACAA